GUCAAAGUCAGCGUAGAAAAGAAAAUAUCUUUGAUUCAACUUUGAGUCUUUGAGUACAGCUAAUUCGUGUGAAUCAUUUGAACUAUCUAAAUGAAAUUUAAAACAUCGUUACAAAUAACUUUAUGUAAUUAACGAUCUCAUGAGAAAUAUUUACAGUUUAUGUAGAUAUUAGAAUUCUUUAGAAGUUAAUUUCCGAGAGGUAGUGAGCGCCGGUGAAAUUGUGAUCAUGGCGAAUCCGUCAUCAGGCGUUGUGGUUCCAAGAAAUUUUCGUCUUCUAGAAGAACUUGAGCAAGGUCAGAAGGGAGUGGGUGAUGGAACGAUUUCUUGGGGUCUCGAAAGUGAUGAUGACAUGACCCUUACUCACUGGACUGGCAUGAUAAUUGGUCCUCCCAGGACUCCAUAUGAAAAUAGGAUGUAUUCUCUUAAAAUUGAAUGUGGCACCCGGUACCCAGAUGAGCCUCCUACUGCUAGAUUUAUCUCCAGGAUUAACAUGAACUGUGUAAACAGCCAGACUGGACUUGUGGAUAAUAGACAAGUCCCAAUUCUUGCUAGAUGGCAGCGUGAUUACACCAUCAAGACAGUGCUUCAAGAACUGAGACGCCUCAUGACUCUUAAGGAAAAUAUGAAGCUUUCUCAGCCCCCAGAAGGAAGCACUUUUUAGUUAUUCUGAUAUAACUUGUCUCAAUGACCCAAUCUACUCCAUACUUUGCUAAAUUAUAAUUAACAUACAUAAUAUUAUAUUCAUAUACUUUUAAACAUGUCCAGUUAAAUUAUAGUCACUCAGGCAGCAUCUUCUAUAAUGCUCUGGCCAGUGUAUUUUGAAGUUUCUGUUGUGCAUUUAUUGUAAUUUCGUAUUAUCAGAUAGCAAAUUGUUUGCUUUAAGUCUAUUGUAUAGUUCAGUGGAUUGGGUGGAAUAUAUAUUAUCUUGUAAGAUUUCACUUUACAAAGAUGGCUCUUAAAUCCACUUAAAGGGUAACACUCCUUUAUUUAUCUCUACCUAAAUUAUUGAGGCCUUUAAGUCAAACUUGCUUUUUGUAUGAUUAGAGCUAAACUUACCUUAUAUUUUUCAUGUAAGAGAUUUGAUGACUACACUUGAAAAUCCAAAUAUGUUCUUAAAUGUAGGCAUAAAACCCUAAAUAAAUAAAAAUAUUUCUAUUAAAAUAUAUAAUCACAGGCUUAAGUUAAAAAUAUUUGAUUUUCUUAAUUUAACAUCAAGUGUAAAAUAUUUUAGGAAAUCUUUAUUUCUUAGAGACAUAAGAUAAAGUAAUACUGUUUCAUUGUAAGGCUUUGCAUCAUAAUUUGAAUGUUCUUCUAAAUUGAACACAUUGGUUAAAACUAAGAUUUCUUAAAAACCACAUCGCUUAUUAUUAAUCUAAGAAUAUUACAGUAGAUUCCUUUAAGAACAUUAUAACUGCUGUGUGAUUUUGUUGUUAUUAAACCAAAAUGCUAAGUCAUUGUUUCAUAGCAUUAAUAUUUUUACCAAUGUAUAACUAGCAAAGGUAAAUAAAUCAAACAAUACUGUCA